AUGGGCUCCAACAUGCGUAAAAAAACACAAGUGUCGUUCGUGAUCCGUGACGAAGAGGAAAGGCGGCACAAAAAUGGCGUUAGUUCAUUACAACUUGAUCCUAUUCAAGGGAGGCUUUACUCUGCCGGCCGAGAUGGGAUUAUUCGGGUAUGGCACACUGGUACCGGGGUUCAGGAUAGAUACAUCCAGAGUAUGGAGCACCACACUGACUGGGUGAACGAUAUUGUCCUUUGUUGUGGUGGGAAAAAUCUUAUUAGCGCCUCUUCAGAUACUACUGUCAAAGUGUGGAAUGCUCCGAAAGGAUUUUGUAUGUCCACGCUGCGCACCCACAAGGACUACGUCCGAACACUCGCCUACGCUAAGGACAAGGAGCAAGUCGCGAGCGCUGGUCUUGACAGGGCCAUAUUCCUAUGGGACGUCAAUACAUUGACUGCUUUGACGGCUAGUAACAACACUGUAACUACUUCUAGUCUUGUUGGUAAUAAAGAAUCAAUUUACAGUCUGGCUAUGAAUCCUGCGGGUACAAUUCUUGUGAGUGGUUCCACAGAAAAAGUUCUCCGAGUUUGGGACCCGAGAAAUUGUUCUAGGUUAAUGAAAUUAAAAGGACAUUCGGAUAAUGUCAAAGCAUUAGUAGUAAGUCGAGAUGGCACUCAGUGUGUGUCAGGCAGCUCCGAUGGAACAAUAAAACUAUGGUCAUUAUCGCAACAAAGAUGUGUGUCCACAAUAAGAGUCCAUUCCGAAGCUGUGUGGGCUUUAUUAGCAACAGAAAACUUCACACACAUUAUAUCUGGUGGCAGAGACAGACUAGUCAUUAUAACCGAAUUGAGAAACCCAGAUAACUUCAUGAUUGUCUGCGAAGAAGCUGCACCGGUUCUUAAAUUAUGCUUUACAGCUGACCAGCAAGGCAUUUGGGUAUCUACGUCAGAAUCAGAUGUCCGUUGUUGGAAGCUACCACCAUUAAACUCAUUAAACUGCGAUAUGUACAAUCAGAAUAACUAUAAUACAAAUAAUGUGUACCAGACUCAACCAAUAUACCACAUUCCAGGCGGUCCAGCCAUAAAACACUACACAGUAUUAAAUGACAAACGACACAUAUUAACAAAAGACACGGCAAACAAUGUGGCACUAUAUGACGUAUUAAAAGCAUGUAAAGUUGAAGAUUUGGGUGAAGUUGACUACGAAGAAGAGGUGAAGAAAAGAUUUAAAAUGAUAUAUGUUCCUAAUUGGUUCAAUGUUGAUCUGAAAACGGGAAUGUUGACUAUUCAUUUAGGACAGGACGAAACUGAUUGUUUGAGUGCUUGGGUGAGCGCUAAGGAAGCUGGAUUAACUACAGAAAAUGACCAGAAAGUAAACUUUGGAGCAUUACUAUUACAGGCUUUGUUGGAACAUUGGAAUCAUCCAAAUAGAGUAAACGAAUCUGGGCAGAAAGUAAUAGGAAACAAUUUCUUUAGUGUGCCACUGCAUACUCCUUUGAUUUUCAGUGAAGUUGGUGGCAGAACUCUAUAUAGACUGCAGGUUGGUGAUUCAGGUGGCGAGACAGAAGGAAAUCUUCUAAUGGAAACAGUACCGUCUUGGGUGGUGGAUGUAGCGAUAGAAAUGGCUGCACCAAAGUUGAACAAACUUCCAUUCUAUCUUCUGCCACAUUCCAGCUGCCAGAGCAAACAGGAUCGGCAGAAGAAGGAUCGCCUAGUAGCCAACGACUUCAUCCAAUGUCGCAAAGUAGCUGAACAUGUAGUCGAGAAGAUUGUAGGUGGUGGUGAUGUCAACGGCACCAGUGCUGGAGGUCGAUCCGAGCAGGACAGUGGCAACGACGCGCCUGAAGAGAGGAUUGAGCUGCUAUGCUGUGAUCAGGUAUUAGACCCCAAUAUGGACUUACGAACAGUGAGACACUUCAUAUGGAAGUCAAACGUUGAGUUCACGUUACACUACAGAAUACUGAAGCAAUGAAAGUAUCUUUACGGAGCUCAGUUCAGGAAAUACUGCUCCUUCCAGUGCAUGUACAGAGAGACUUGUUAAUGGAGAAUGCUGGUGACCAUUGUAAAGCAAAAAUACCGUUGCGUGUAUUACUAAAAUUUAUUCAAGAACGGUAAGCAAAAGCAAUAAAAUUCAAAGUCUAGAGGAACUCGACAAAAUUGUAUAGAUUGACUGGCUUAGGCUCAAUUUAUGUUGCGGCGGAACGGAAUGGAAGCGAACUUUUGUAACGAAAUUGUACAUAGCGUAAUGAACUUUGUGGUCAAUUGUGUAACGUACAAACUAGACACGAGCCAAAAAAUCGCGUGACGACGCGUCUUGCGCGAAAUUCUAGCGCAUGGUCUAGAAUGCUCACGCAUUCGCGAAAUUCCGCAGCUGCCGUCGGCGACGCCUGGCCAAUCUGCAGGAAGAGGAGCGAAGGCAGGCCCAGUGUGGCGUCAAACGUCGACGAAAUACUACAGCCUUACCGCGCACCUUCUCGCGCAGCGAGGCGAAAUUGACGCUUUCAUUCCAUAUCGCCGUAAUGUUAAUUGAACCUUAAGUGACGUGGUAAUAUACAGUGUGUUGAUUUGCAUUCUCGCCAUAUUUAAGAAAUUAAUAAUAGAAAUAAUGCUAAAUCAUCUAAAAAUAUUAAAGAAAUUAUUCUGUUCAAUAUUCUGGCUAAUUGUAUCUAGUAAAGUUUUGCAAAAUUUUCUCGAAGUCGUGCACUACGCCAAGGGCAGUGACCC